GAGCCUGCGCGCUGCUGCUCCCGACGGGCAUGAGACGAAGUUCAAGAAGACGGACAACGACGAGGAGUACGAGUCGCUGCCGACGUACCCGCCGAGGCCCAGCUUCAAGGCGUUCAAGAACGCACUGCGACCGGCCUCCCAAGUGGUGGUGUUCGAAGGCUGCCCGAACGAUCCGUACCGCGCGAGCUCGACGCCUCUCUACCAGACGAGCACCUUUCGCUCGCCCUCCGCCAGCGAGUUCGGCGCGUACGACUACACGCGCAGCGGGAAUCCCACAAGGACGGCGCUGGAGAAGCACGUGGCCAUGCUCGACCACGCCGCAGCGAGCUUCGCAUUCACCAGCGGCAUGGCCGCCCUGGGGCAGGUUGUCAACUUGGCGAGGGGCGGAGAGAUGUUGUGCGGAAGCGACAUCUACGGUGGGAUGUACCGAUUGGUGACCAAAGUGGCAACGAGAAGCGGCGUGACGCCCAGGUUCGUGGACACUACGAACCUUGCCGCCGUUCGGAGAAUUGUUGAGGAGAGUCCACCCGGACGUAUCAAGGUGCUGCACCUCGAGACACCCUCCAACCCAUCACUGCGGAUAACCGACAUCGAGGAAGUUGCCAGGAUCUGCCAUAGCAGGGACAUCUGGGUGUCUGUCGAUGCCACUGCUAUGGGGCCGCUGCUCAUGCGCCCGCUCGACCUCGGCGCUGAUCUGGUCGUUCACUCAGCUACCAAGUGGAUUAGCGGGCAUGCGGACACGAUGGGCGGGAUCGUAUCCGUGGGCAAUGAUCAGCUCGCUGGCGAGAUCGCGUACAGCCAGAACGCAGAGGGCACAGCGCUGGCCCCGUUCGAUUGCUGGCUGCUGCUCAGGGGGAUCAAGACCCUGGCGGUCAGGCAGAACUGCAGCGUUGCCAACGCGAGGGAGGUCGCGGCGUUCUUGCAUGGGCACCCGAGGGUCACGAAGCUCUUCUGGCUGUUCACCAGGCCUCGCCAGGGCCACGGCUUCGAGAGCAGCUUCCUCAUCGACCGCUUGCGGAGGGCGUCCACCAGAGCGGCCCUGCUUCUCGUGCCCCUGUCGGUACCGCUGGCGUGGUUGAUGAAGCGGUUCCAGCAGCUGGAGGCCGUGAAGGCCUUCGACAAGAUGAUCGUGGGGAGGCUAAGCUUUCCCAUGUCCGUGCGCUGGUGGGUCCGGGCAGGCGUGCAGGCCUCGACGAAGCUGCAGCUGUCGGCGAGCGAGGCCGAGACUCACAGGAGGCAGGCGGAGGGACCGGGGGCGCUCAUCUCGUUCGAGACGGGCGACGUCGAGCUCUCGCGCCGGCUGUGCGAGGCGCUGAGGAUCUUCAAGAGUCGGGGGGCCUGCGCCGUCUCCGAAGAGGACCCGCUGCUUUCAUGCAUACAGGGGAACCUCCGGGGUCGGCGGAUCACCGUAUCCUUCGGCAGCGUGAACUCUCUCGUUGAGAUGCCGCGCACCAUGUCGCAUGCGAGCAUCCCGCACGACGACACGCUUCAGACGGAGCCGCUCGCAGCCGAUCUUGUCCGGUUGAGCGUGGGGAUCGAAGACAUUCGUGACCUCAUCGACGAUCUGAGGCAAGCAUUCGACGUCGCCGAGAAGUUGGGAACCAUGGGCUUGGACGUCGAGAGCGUGAAAGAGGUCCUGCGGGGCGCCGGCGUUUACGUCUCUGCGGGCUGCGCGGCCACGCAGGGACGCUUCAAGCGGAAGCUGGCCAUCGACACGAGCCUGCAGGCGUCGCCGCUCGUUGAGCUUGCAGCCCUUGUGGUGGCGUGGACGUCGUUCUCCAUGGGUUACUCUCUGGAGUGCUACGUGGUGGUGCGGGUUCUCUUGAGUGCCAUGGAGCGCUACUUGGUGGACCUGAUCUACCUGGGCGGUGCGGAUCUACAGGGUGGAUUGAUUCCUGGAGGCGGGGAUGCGCAGUGCCCCAUGGAGUAUUACCUGGCGGUGCGGAUCUUCCUUGCGCAGCUCUUCCUGGCGGAGGAGGUCUUUGCGGCGGUCUACCUCGCGGUGCGGAUCUUCAUGGUGAACCUCGCCCUGGGGCAGUUCUCCAUGGCGUACAACCUGGCGGUGCGGAUCCUCAGCGUGAAGUGUUUCCUGAUGCUGGCCGGGUGCUACUUGGAGGCGCGGAUCUUCCUGGCGGAGGGCUCCCUGGAGGGCAACGUGGUGGUGCGGAUCUUCUUGGUGGAGUGUACGUACCUGGGCUGGCUGAGCCACUUGUACCAGAUAGACCCCAUCACCGUGAGGUUGGUUACGAAGGGCGAGCUCCAGGGCCUCUCGGGCGGCUGCCUCGUGGUGGCUGGGGAGGCCUGGCCGCUGGCGGACAUCCUCGGGGCCUCCGCGGGCGGCGCGGGCGCGGUGGAGGUAGCGCGCUUCGCGAAGGUCGGCCCGGAGCCCGCGCACGGCCCGGGCAGCGCUCUGCGGCCCCCGGCCUGGAGGUCGGCGGACCCGCGCCCCCGGAGGCUCACGAGGCACGCCCUGCGCGCGGACUCCGCCGAGGCCGCCGCCGGCUGGGUCGGGAGGAUCAACGACGCGGUCCGCACGGGCGGGCGCCGGCGCGCAGAGUCUGGCGGCCACCCCAAGAGGCUCCUGUGCAUCGUGAACCCCGCGGCCGGCAGGGGGCGCGGCGAGCAGCUCUUCCGCUCGGAGGCGGCCCCAGUGCUGGAAGCCGCCGGGGUGGAGUUCACCCUGAAGAUGACGGGCGCCGCUGGAGCGGCGACCGUCAUUUCGGGGCUCGAGACGAGGACGUGA